AUGGCGGAUUUUCUCAAUGGAACCUUUUCCUUGUGGUUCAUUCCCAUGCAAGCAUUCUUCAUCAUACUGGCCUUUUCCACCAUACUCAAUCUUCUAUCCAAACUCAAUUCCAAUGCAGAAAAAAACUCACCACCAUCUCCUCCAAAGCUUCCAAUAAUCGGAAACCUACACCAAGUUGGCACCCUCGUUCACCGCAGUCUCCAUUCAUUUGCUCAAACCUAUGGCCCUGUAAUGUUGCUUCACUUUGGGAAGGUCCCAGUUCUCGUGGUGUCAACAGCUGAGGCUGCUCGCGAGGUUAUGAAAAACCAUGACCUUGUUUUCUCCAAUAGACCACAUUCUAAGAUGGAUGAUAUCCUCUUAUAUGAUUCCAAAGAUGUGGGAAGUGCUCCUUAUGGAAACUACUGGCGGCAGAUGAGGAGUAUUUGUGUCUUGCAUCUUCUCAGUGCAAAAAAGGUUCAAUCCUUUGGUGCAGUGAGAGAAGAGGAAAUCUCCAUAUUGAUGGAAGAGAUUAAGAAGUGUUGUUCUUCUUUGAUGCCUGUGAAUUUAACUGAUUUAUUUUGUAAACUCACAAAUAACAUAGUGUGUAAAGCUGCUCUCGGAAGGAGAUACAGUGGAGAAGGAGGGGCAAAGCUUCGGGAGCCAUUGAAUGAGAUGAUGGAACUGCUGGGUGCUGCAGUUAUAGGGGACUACAUACCUUGGCUUGAUUGGUUGGGAACAGUUAAUGGAAUGUAUGGUAGGGCAAAGAGAGUGGCUAAACAGCUUGAUGAAUUUUUGGAUGAUGUUAUUGAUGAGGAUGUUAGUAAAAGAGGGCAUGAUGGUGAUGGUGAUGGUGACGAUGAUGAUGAUGAUGAGCAGACUCAUUUGCUGAAAGUUAUGUUGAGGAUCCAGAAGACAAACUCCAUGGGGUUCCAGAUUGACAGAACAACCAUAAAGGCAUUGAUCCUGGUAUGUAAGAUUAGUACAAUGUGUGUUACACUUAAAAAGUUUACGUAA